UAAGCUAAAUAAUUGUAACAGCGCUAAUUAUCUCAGUACAAAACAGUCAAGAUGUGUCAUUAUUAUAAUAUUAUUGUGCGCUGGUCUCUAAUUGUUUUUAAAAUGCUGUAACAGCGUAUUAACAGCUACCCAUUUAAUGUACAAAAAAAAUAAAAGAAAUAAAAGAAAUAAAGAAAAUUCAGAACAAAGACACAAAUGUUCUGUCUUGCUGACAAAAAAAAAAAAAAAAAAAAAAAAAAAAAAACCCCUCCGCGUCAGUACAAACUACAUUUCCCAGAGCGCCUCGUUUUGUGGGCGGUGCGGAGUUUGCUAACAGCUCUGAAGCAUGUCAGGCUCACGGCACCGUGUGUAAAAGCAGCAGCCCGCGGGGGUUCCCAGCUCAGUGUCUGCGGUAUAGUCAGCAGCCGGCUCGGCUUGGAGGAUUCUUCUGUUUUUUUUUUGCAGUGUCGUGAUUUUUAGGUUGGAUUCCUCAUAACAGCACAGCGGCUGCAGAGUGCAGCGAACACCACUGCCAUAGUAAACGCUAACAAAGUAACUUCGGUAAAGUGGGAUGGCAAUAUCAAGGACUAAGCUGGCUGCAGGACUAGGGGUGGCAGGGCUCCUGACGGCUGUCAUUGGCACUGUGCUGGUGUUCGUCGGACCGCUCAUUGUAGACGAGCAAAUAGUCAAGAAUGUGCAGAUAAACCCCAACAGUGGCUUGCCUUACACCAUGUGGAAAGAUCUGCCUGUGCCUUUCUUCAUGUCCGUCUACUUCUUCGAGGUCCUCAAUUCCAACGAGAUUCUUCAGGGGGAAAAGCCUUUGGUGAGACAGAAGGGUCCCUAUGUGUACAGGGAAUUCCGUCAGAAAGACAACAUAACAUUCCACGACAACAACACCGUGUCGUACAGAGAGUACCGGCAGUAUCACUUCUUCAGGAACAUGUCCAUAGGGGACGAGACUGACAAAGUUGUCAUCCCCAACAUGCUGGUGUUGGGAGUUGCUGUGAUGAUGGAGGACCUGCCCUACGCUAUGAAGCUGGUCUUGAGCACGGCUUUCAAAACUUUCAAAGAGGAGCCCUUCCUCAGCCUGAGCGUGGGGGAGCUGAUGUGGGGAUACAACGAUCCCCUGGUCGACUUUCUCAACAAACACUUCCCAGGCAUGCUGCCAUUCAAGGGCAAGUUCGGGCUGUUCGCUGACUUCAACAACUCCAACACUGGACUGUUCACGGUUCAUACAGGCGUGGACAACAUCAGCAAAGUGCACAUGGUGGAUUCAUGGAACGGGCUAAAAAAGGUAAGGUCAGGGACUGUGUGUGAGGCGGCAGAAACAAGAGUUACUGUACAAAUUCACAUUGUGUCUGUAUACUGAACUUCUAGUAAC